AUGCUGCGCUCUUCCAUGGGCCUGGCGAGGGCCCGCGGCCCAGCUUUGCGCCAACCGGUUUCCGGCCGCUUUUUGAAGACACAUUCUGCGAUUCCGCAAAUAUACAAGACGACUCGGUCAGCUUCCACCGUGACGAACAUCGAUGGUUUCCCCAAGGUCGGCGAGAAGCUGCAUGGCUUCACUGUUCAAGAGAAGAAGCAUGUUCCGGAGUUGCACUUGACCGCAGUGCGACUGACUCACGAUAAGACCGAGGCGGACUAUAUGCAUGUGGCUCGAGACGACAAGAACAAUGUCUUUGGUAUUGGUUUCAAGACCAAUCCUCCGGAUGCGACGGGAGUGCCGCACAUUCUGGAGCACACAACUUUAUGCGGCAGCGAGAAAUUCCCUAUUCGCGACCCAUUUUUUAAGAUGCUCCCACGUUCCCUGUCGAACUUUAUGAAUGCCUUCACGGCCUCAGACCACACCACCUAUCCCUUUGCCACGACAAACCAGCAAGAUUUCCAAAACCUCUUGUCCGUGUACCUCGAUGCAACACUACACCCACUUCUGAAGGAGGAGGACUUCCGUCAGGAGGGGUGGCGAUUGGGACCUGAGGAUCCGCGCGCUCUGUUGCCGAACCCCGGCGAGCCUGAAAAGAAGGCUGAGUUGGAUGAUAUUGUCUUCAAGGGUGUUGUGUACAAUGAGAUGAAGGGUCAAAUCUCCGAUGCCAACUACCUCUACUAUAUCAAAUUCAAGGAAAACAUCAUUCCGGCUCUCAACAAUUCCGGAGGUGACCCUGAAUACAUUACCGACCUCACUCACAAGCAACUGUCCGACUUUUCGAAGCGAAACUACCACCCGAGCAACGCCAAGAUCCUCACAUACGGAGAUAUGCAACUGGAACGUCAUCUGAAACAAGUCGGUGCGGUCUUGGAUGGAUUUGACAAGGGUCAUAGGGAUACCGACGUCAAGAAGCCUUUGGACCUCAGCAGUGGCCCUCUCAAUGUGACCGUUCCUGGCCCCAUUGACACGUUUGCCAGCGAGAACAAGCAGCACAAGACGUCCACCUCUUGGUAUAUGGGUGACUCGACUGACAUUGUUGAGACUUUCUCCGUCGGAAUAAUUUCAUCUCUCUUCCUUGAUGGCUAUGGCUCUCCCAUGUAUAGGGCGCUCAUUGAGAGUGGAUUGGGUUCUUCUUUCACUCCUAACACCGGCUUGGACAACUCGGGCAAAACCCCGGUCUUUUCGGUCGGUGUGACUGGUGUGAGCGAAACCGAAGCCCCCGCGGUCAAACAGGCUGUUCAAAAUGCCUUCCGUGAGUCUGUCUCAGCGGGAUUUAGCGAAGAGAAGGUGCGCGGUUUCCUGCACCAACUGGAGCUCUCGUUGCGACACAAGACUGCCAACUUUGGUAUCGGUGUUAUGGAGAAGACUAUUUCCGCUUGGCUCAAUGGCUCCAACCCGAUGAAGGAGCUUGCGUGGAAUGAUGUUAUCGAAGAGUUCAAGAGGCGCUAUGCCCAGCCUCGCUACCUUGAGUCUCUGGUUGAGAAGUAUCUUCUCAACGACCAGUGCAUGACAUUCACCAUGGUCGGAACUCCUACCUUUAACAAAGACCUGGAUGAUAAGGAAGCUGUGCGCCGCCAGAGCAAGCUCACGCAGCUCAUUGAGCAACAUGGCUCGGUUGAAAAUGCCGUUGCCAAGCUCAGCGAAGAGGAGCUGCAGUUGCUAAAGGUGCAAGAGGAUGCGCAUAACGCGGACCUUAGCUGUCUUCCGACGUUGCAUGUGAAGGAUAUUUCGCGGGAGAAGGAGCGCAAGCCUGUUCGGGAGUCGAAGGUUGACGAUGCUGAAGUCGUUUGGCGUGAGGCUCCCACAAACGGCUUGACAUACUUCCAGGCUGUCAAUGCGUUUGAUGGGCUUCCUGACGACCUUCGUCUUCUGAUGCCGCUUUUCAACGACUGCGUGAUGCGGUUGGGCACGGCUAACCGAUCAAUGGAGGACUGGGAGGACCUGAUCAAGCUGAAGACUGGUGGAAUUUCCACUUCUUCUUUCCUUGUUAACUCUCCCACCCAACUGGACCAGUUCAAGGAGGGCCUUCAGUUUACCGGUUUCGCUCUUGAUCAGAACAUUCCAGAGAUGCUGGAAAUGCUCUCUGCUCUGGUCAUGGAGACUGACUUUACUAGCACCGCCGCCCCCGCCAUGAUACAAGAGCUUCUGCGCUUGACAACCAACGGAGCGUUGGACUCGGUUGCGGGAACUGGCCACCGGUUUGCUGUCAACGCUGCCGCCGCCAGUCUCUCCCGCAGCUUCUGGGUUCAAGAACAGCAGUCUGGUCUGGAGCAGCUGCAGGCUACUGCCAACCUUCUCCGCGACGCCGAGAGCUCCCCCGAGCGCUUGCAGGAACUGAUUGAGAAGCUUCGUCUCAUCCAGGCCUUUGCGCUCUCCAAAACCUCCAACCUCCGCGUGCGUAUGGUCUGCGAGCCUGAAAGCGCCACACAGAACGAGUCCGCCCUGCAGAAGUGGCUCUCUGGUCUGCCCAAGACCUUCUCUCCAAACGGCUCUGGAUCUACAUCCACUUUCAAGUCGGUCGACAAGGCUCUCUACGACCUUCCCUACAAGGUCUACUACUCCGGCCAGGCCACCCAGACCGUGCCAUUCGUCGACCCCUUUAGCGCACCCCUGACUGUGCUGUCGCAAUUGCUUACACAUAACUAUCUUCACCCUGAAAUUCGCGAGAAGGGUGGUGCUUACGGUGCCGGCGCUAGCAAUGGACCUAUUAAGGGCAUCUUUACCUUUAUGAGUUACCGGGAUCCCAACCCUAUGAACUCUCUCAAGGUUUUCCAGAACAGCGGAGUGUUUGCCAGAGAUCGUACCUGGUCCGAGCGAGAGAUCGAGGAGGCCAAGCUUGGUAUCUUCCAAGGUCUCGACGCCCCGGUGAGUGUUGACGAGGAAGGCUCUCGCUACUUCUUGAGCGGUGUCACACACGAAAUGGACCAGAAGUGGAGAGAACAGGUCCUGGAUGUGACUGCCAAAGACGUGAACGAGGUUGCUGAUCGCUUCCUGGUGAAUGGUUCGCGCAAAGCUUCCUGUGUCCUGGGCGAGAAGAAGGACUGGGUUGGCGCCGACUGGGAGGUCCGCAAACUGUCCAUGGGUCAGCCCGACGACGCCACAUCUGUCUAA